GCCCUAAAACCCACCCUGGACACACUAAUACACCCUCGCGGGCUCCCCCACCACACCCUCACACUACGUAUACAUACUCGGUGCCAGAUAUAGUGGCACUUACAAUGUAUUCUGGCGGUUAUCUAGAUGUGACAGGAAUAGUCAAAAACUCCCUGCAGUACUUUGUUAUUGAUAGUAAUGAUGCGUUGGAGUUCAAGCUGGUACGAUCUUCGGCCGACAUUGACGAUGAGGAGACGUCAUUCAAACCUGACAUGUCUCACCAGGUGUAUGGAGACAGUGAACAAAUAUUCGGAUACAGUGGGCUGCGUAUCAAGUUGUACUACAGUGCGUGUCGCCUCACAACAUACCUGGCCCACACUUUUGCAGAGAAAGUUGAUCCAGAAAAGUUUGAGGGUGUCGAGCCGGAUGAAGUAAUAAAACCAAUAGCAGAGCGGAUUCCCCCAGGAUACUUGACAAACCUGAAUGAUUUCACUGCAGCACUACAAAAGGAUGCCUCUUUCAAACCUUUUGGUGAAAUGAAAAGACGAUUCAAAUUAGAUGUGGACGGGGAAGAAAAAACCUAUGAAGUGUAUCUGUGUGACAUCUCAGCAACAGGAUUUUUAGAAUAUCACGAGCGUAUCCAGACAUUUAUAUUGUGGUACAUUGAUGCUGCUUCCUAUAUAGAUGUGGAUGACGACAAGUGGAGAUUUUUCCUAAUGUAUGAAAAGUAUGUAGUCAAUGGCAGCCCUCAGUAUGCAUUUAUGGGUUAUACUACUGUGUACGAGUACUACGCUUACCCAGCCAACAUUCGACCACGUAUCUCACAGAUGUUGGUUCUUCCACCAUUCCAGAGAUUAGGUUUAGGAGGAGAGAUGUUGAACAUAAUAUACGAUAACUACAAAGAUAAUAUUAAAGUUCUGGAUAUUACAGUGGAAGACCCAUCAGACAACUUUGCAAGAUUAAGAGACUUUGUGGACAGUAAAAAUUGCUUGAAAUUGGAAAGUUUCCAGUCCAAAAAACUUCUACAAGGGUUUUCAGAAGCCAUGGUGGAAGAGGCGAAGAAAAGGUUGAAACUUAAUAAGCGUCAGGUACGAAGAGUUUAUGAGAUCCUGAGACUGCACGCGACUGACAGAUCAGACAAGGAGGCCUAUAGACAGUAUAGGUUAGACAUUAAGAAUCGCCUCAAUGUGCAGUACAAGAAAGAGGACCGUGAUAUGGAGAAACUUAAGAAAGUGCUCAGACCUGAAGAGUUUGCUGCCACUAUGACAGUCACCAGCAAAGAUCAGCGUUUGGAGAGCUUGGAGCGUCAAUAUACAGAGCUUGAGGAGCAUUAUUUGCACGUCUUGGAGCGUUUGGCUUCUGCUGACCUCUCUUGACCACCUGGACGUGAUCCUUUGGUUGACUGUUUUUGUUAACUCGUGUUAAAUUGCAGUGCAGAGGUUCUUUUUCCCUUCCCCCUACUCCAAGUCCUGAAAUCUUAAGAAUACAAAUAUUUCAUGAAAGUAAAUAAAUUUUCAGAACGGAGCUGUCAAUUAAUUGUUUUGUAUCCUCUUGAGUAUUAUUAUUUUUAUAUAUAUUUUUUUUAAAUUGAUGAAAAUAAAUGAUUAGUUUUAGUUGAAAUGUAUGCAAUGCAUAUAAUUCGUUACGAUAAUUUUAUGUACUGUAUUUAGUACUCGAAAUGGGAUGAUUUCAAGAUCUUACCAAACACUGUAAGCAAGUUCUAUUUCUACAUCUCCAAAUUAUUGGCAUAAAUAGCAAAUCAUUAUCCUUUUUACCUCUAUAGUGGAAAAGGGGGAAAUAUUUUCCAUCUUGUGAUAACAAUGAUGACUGCCUUGAGCAUGGACAUCAAGUAAUUAUGUUUAUGGAAGAUGGCAAGUGAAAUAAUUGUUUUAUUAGAGCCAGAGAUAUUAGAAAAAAAAUACUAGUAAUGAAAGAUUGCACAUAAUGAUAGUAAAUAAAAUGAAGACAAUGUACCCAACAUAGAGGCAUUUAAAUCAUUAUUGUGGUUAUGUCAGAAUUUGUUUAUACAUGUUAUGCAAUGAAGGAAAAUUUAAUGGUGACAUAUUUCAUUCACGGUAAACUGAAGGGCUUAGGAAAGUUGCUGCUUUUUAGCAGGUUUUCAAAACUUUUCAGGUGAUGUUUAUGAGAUCGGUCAAUAUAUUGUACAAUAUUCAAGUUCUGUGUAAGAUUCUGUAUCUAAAAUUGCUAUAUUUUUUAAAGUAAUUUUUAUUAAUACAGUAUUGGGUAUCUGUAAUUAGUAAUCAGCCAUAUUCAUUUCCUUGUGAUGCCGAACAGCAAAUAUGUUUGACCUAAUUAUAUUAACAAAAAAAAAAAGUUUUAGUUUUCUUACAUCUCUUAUAUUUUGGUGCCGAGGCAAUUUGAAUUCGUCAUAAAUUUGUAAAAGUGGUAUCUCUGAUAAAUGUAUAUACAUCCAUACAGAAUUGUGUUUUGUAUGCUGGUAACACAAAGGCGUAGAAAGCUCCACAAAAGGUGUAUGGAUUUGUGCUUAGAAAGGUCUGUUUACACCGUCAUAAGCCAGUCUGCAUUGCAAAUGGGGAGAAUGUACAUAAUACACUUAAUUAAGCUACAGUAUUCACUAUAAUUUAGAUAUUCAAAGAACAGUGUACCUACUUUUGCAUCCAAUGCAGGUUGCGAUUUCUUCCCUCACCAGUCAGUAGGUAACUGUCAUUGGUAGUUUUCCAUGCAUCAUUUGUCAUCCUCAUUUUAUUACCAGUAAAUGUUUAUAUUGGAAAAUAGUUUUCACUCGAUCAUUAUUGUGUGAACACACGUCGCGGUGUGAUGUGUUACCCUUGAAAUUAACAGGAGUUCGAGAGACUGGUUACUUUAUUUCCAGAGCCGUCCAGUUGGUUUUGUGUGCUUAAGUAGUUGUCAUUUAAGUUAAUGGUAAGAAAUUACAUGGUUUUGGAAGUAUUGUGACUGUUAUGACAGAGUGGUUCGAGCGGGAACUUGAGAUUUCAAGAAUGAAGGAUUGAUAUCUAGUUCAAGCAACUGUAUUUUAGGUAAGAUUGUCAUACAUAUAGCCUCUUGAUUUAUAGGGUAAGGACGUACAUUUCAAAGAAUGCAGUCGACAGGUUUUAAACUGCAUCAGUUUUGGUUUUGUUUCUGGAAAUUGUGUGUUAUUUGGUAGCAAGAAAAAAGCGGAAGGAUUUAGAGUAUUCUAUUGUCAAGUUAGUCGUCCCCACUUAACUUUUCUUUACCUUCAGGAAACUGGUACAGUUAACAGCAACUGGAAAGGUAGUACAAAUAAAAUAUUUUAUAAAUUUUUUGACCUGUAGUUACUGUUGUCAUAGUUAUGUGUUUACUAAAGCAGAUAUACUUGUACUUAGCUUUCUGAAAAAAAAGGAGAGCAAAUGAUCAAUUCCUCAUAGUUUUAAUGUGAACCGUUGGUAUAUUUUAAAUGUGUUAAGAUUGCACACUGUACAGGAUGUUUGGGUAAAAAAUGUAAUAGGCACUAGAGAAAUGCAAGUAAAUGUGAAUAUACACCUAAUAUAAUUUUUGCUAGAAGGGUUUUGAAAAGGCCAAAUAAUUUACCACCUAAUGUAAUGGUAAUAAAUUACAUGGCUGUUUUAUUAGUAACUACUCUGGCGGAUAUAAUUUUAUUUUUGAAGGGUUAUAUCCUUUAAAUAUCCUUUAUUUAUUUUUUUUAAAAAUGAAAUGACUUGUUUUUGUAUUAAGCUAUAUAUAAUAUACUGUAUAGUAAUUUUUAUUUUUUGUUUUUAACAUGAGAGCUCAUACUUUACUAUUUUUGUUAGUGCUUGAGAUGACUUGCUUUCCAGUUGGUUAAAAUAACAGAUUUUCAUGACAUGUUUUGUGGAGAUGUAGUUAUACAAUGGAAAAUGCAGGCAACCAAGUACGGUGUCGUAAAAGCCAUGCAAGCUGGCAUCCAUAUACAUUUGAUUGCUUAAACUAAUGUAACUUUAGAAAUGUGUUUUGUCACUAUGUAUAAAUUACUUCAUAUCACUGAAACUGAAAUGUGAACAAUAAAUGGCUCAUGGGAAGCAGGGAAGGCUGCAGUGGAAAAAGUUGAAGUUGUCAACAGGUACUGCAGUUAAAGCUUAAAAACCAUGAAAAUAUUGAAGGGUAUUUUAUGUAGUCAUUUAGUAUAAUGUUUGUGUCUAUAAAGUACCCCUGUAAUGUGAUUGAAAGUUUAUAAUUUUUUAAUAAAUUGGUUAUGGCCAGUUUAGUUGUGUGAAUUUCAUAUCAGUGAUAUUACUGCAUUUUAUGCAUGUGGUAAAAAUUUUCUCCUUAUUUUGGUAAGUUAAAUAUUGAUAAUACAAAGGUAAUGAUGUAAACUUGCAUCCCCUAAACCGUGAGUAUACUGGAUGCAAGGCAAGAUUGCCGGCUGUUUUUGCUAAGGAGCACGUGAAACCGACAAAUAUUGGUCACCCCUUCUUGCCUGGGGAUUGCCAUUAAAGAAAACUGCAAAAAAGAAUUACCGUAUUUAGUUUUAUACCUUUCUAAAAUCAAGAUCUUUACCUUUGCUCUUUUCUGACAAAAUGUACAAGAAAGCCGUUUUAUCAGAAACGGGUUUGAAUGAAGCCAAGGUACAGGACGGAAACCAGGACAGAUGUCUGGAACCUGUUUCCACCACAUAAUGUACUCGGUUGAAGAGAGAUGUAUAUUAAAUAGCACUUUAUUUUAUUGACAUUGAAAGGAAGUAUGUUUUGAGUUAAUUUGAGAGCAGUUCAUGUUAUAGUUCCCUUAUAUUUUUACUAAACAGGUUCAUGUAGAUAAUUGGUACAUUACAAAUAUUAUUUUUUAAUAUCUUUCCUAAUGUACUGGUAUAUUCAGAACCUUUGCUCUCUUAAGGAUUUAUAUAUAUGAUGUGAAAGUAAAUACAAAUGUUGGUAUAUUAGUUGCAUACAUAUGUGUUGUACUUAAAAGCCAGAGUUGCUGAACAAGUUGAAUUUUGUUUAAAAUAAUUGUUCAAAGAUUUUUUACUUUUAUUUUAAUAAUUUUGUUUGAUUUAGUUUAUUUUAUUUUUUUAUAUGGCAAAUGGAUAUAACCAAAAUUUUCUAGUUGUUCCUCGGUACUGCCAAAUAUAGGUCAAACUAGGCCUAAUAAAGGUAGCAAUUCAUGAAGCCACUAUAAUACUGUACAAUGAUUUACUAUUAAGAGCCAAUUAAUUUUUGAAACAUUUAAAAAUCAAUAUUGCUUUGGUUAUAAGGCAAUGCAAUUCUGGCCUACUUUGCCCAGUAAUGCAGUUCUGGUUAUUAGGUACAACAUGUACAUGUAGUAUUAUUUUUCUUUUGUUACACUUUCAGCAGUCAUUGAAAUUUUGUAAUUGGUAGGUAAAAUUUUACAUAGCAAAUGUGGUGGCAAGAGUUCUGUAGCACAGUGCAGGCGAGGGUUCGUACGACAUGGCAGGUUGGAGGUGUUUCCUUUCACCUCGUGCCUCUAUUUACUAAACAGUAAAUAGGUACAGUAUCCAAGAGUUAGGUGGAUAUUGUGGGUUACAUCCUGAAGGCCAGUAGUAGGCCUAGGGGGGGGAAUUAAUUAGCCUAACAGGGUUUCUCUCUGACAAUGGGAUAAGUAGCACUGAAGUAUUUUUGUUAAAUUUAGAAGACCUGAGUGAUAUAAUCAUUAUACAGUGGUUGGACAGAUGGUAUAAUGAGUAAAGCUGAUGGGUUAAAUAAAGGCACAGAUUUUGGAUUGACAGUGAGGUGUGAUUACUCGGCCACAGGGUCAGUGGUCAAGCUACUUUAAGGUAGCAUAUGAUAAUCUGCUGCGUUGUGGCAACUGGCUUUACAGUUCUGGAACUUACACACUAAAGCAAGAGAGUUUGUGGCAUGGGGUUCACACUAUUAUCAAUUCAAAACAGCUGAUGAUGUAGGGAAUGCUUUGUCGUAUAGUGUUACCCACUUUUCAUGAUGCUAUACCUAAGCAUACAAAAUGUUUUUAAAUUUCUAGUAAUAGCAAUUUGUUACAAUUUGUUAUUUGAUAGAAUGAUUUAUUCAUGUAAAGUCUGAAUUAUUAGUGUGUAUUUUGUAACUAUAUCCACAUUAAAAAUUUUAUAACGUUCCUUGAGGAUGAAAACUGCCCGAGUUCUAUAUUGCAAUAUCUUUAAUGUUUAUGCAACUGCUGAAAUUGUCUUAUGUUAUGGAUAUAUUACAUCUUGUAUCAUGUAUGUAGUUUUUCAAUUAAUCUGAUUUAAUAAGCUGGUGGUGAUCCAUAUUUGUAGUUGAUGUUGUGAUUACUUGACAAGAGUUACAAUAGUACAAAAUGGAGCUGAGGCAACUAGCUGAAACAUUUGCUGUGUCUUUAAUGAUAUUAAUAAUAUUGAAUGUUAAA